CUGCCCUGCCGAGUCGAGCCGCAGCACUGCCAAUUUUACCAGAUAAAAAGCACGCAUAAUGUUUCGCACGAGAUCGCAGGGAAGCAUUGGCGACCGCGAGAAGGAGGCUAAAUUCGUGCAGGAUCGCAUCGACGCGGUGGAGAAACACUUUGCCGAGCUCUGCACGGUAUUCGCCGCGUACACGAGGAAAGCCGCCAGAUUGAGGGAUAAAAAUGACGAGGUGGUGAAAACUAUACAAAUUUAUGCGGACUCGGAGGACAUCAACCGAUCGAUGAGCAGCUGCUUGACGAAUUUCGCCAAUACUCUGGGCGUCGUGGGUGAUUACAGAGAUGCCGAAGUGCAGAGGCUCAAUGCCAAGGUGGUGGUGCCUCUGUCUCAGUACCAGAACACCUGCAAGAGAGCCAAGGAAAACGUGAGGAACACCUUCGCGGCUCGCGACGAGGAGCUCAAGCGCAAACGACUGCUGGAAAAGGUGCGCGAGGAAAAUCCCAAGAAUCAGCAGAGAAUCGCACAGGCCAAGACGAACCUGAUGAAAGCCACCGUGGAGGUGUCGAGGGUGGUCAAGGGCCUCGAGGAGCAGAUCGACUCGUUCGAGAAGCAAAAGCUGCACGACGUCAAGACGAUAAUGACGAAUUUCAUCACGGUCCAGCUGAGCUUUCACGCCAAGGCCGUGGAGCUGCUCACGAAAGCCUAUCAGGACGUGGCCGAGAUGGACGAGCUUCACGAUUUGGAGAACUAUCAAUUAGCGAGAGGAGAAUUGAAUAGGGAAUUCAGAACGGCCAUGAAAUCCCAGGACUCGUCGAGUUCGGCCUCCAACAACAAGAGAUCCGGUGGUUUUCGUCAGUCCUACUCGCUGAUGAAUCUGAACAAUCGUUCCUCGCCCUCGCCCACCAGCCUGAGAAAGCAAAAGAUGCACAGAACUUCGGGUUCUUUGGAUUCCACCAAGACCGCGCAGACGAACUCGUCGGAAUCGGUGGAGAUCGAGGAGUACAACGACAGCGACUCCGACGACUCCGAGGAGACGUCCUCGAUUCGAGACAAAAAAUUAGUGAGAUCUCGGCUCAAAACCAUGUAAAUAAGUUGAUUGACGUUUUUUUUUAAGCGUACACUGUUAAUUGUAUUUUGUAGAGAAAAAAAGCUGCGAAAAGAAAGAAAACCAAUCGUC